AGGAGGCAGCAGAAAAUGUCCACUGAACGGACUUCUUGGACAAGUUUGUCCACUAUUCAGAAAAUAGCACUGGGCCUCGGGAUCCCAGCCAGUGCAGUGGUUGCCUAUAUCCUAUACCGCAGAUAUACGGAAAGCAGAGAAGAGCGGCUGACAUUUGUUGGGGAGGAUGACAUUGAGAUAGAGAUGCGAGUCCCCCAGGAGGCUGUGAAGCUCAUCAUUGGCCGGCAAGGAGCCAAUAUUAAACAGCUACGAAAACAGACAGGUGCUCGGAUCGAUGUGGACACGGAGGAUGUAGGAGAUGAGCGGGUGCUGCUUAUCAGUGGUUUUCCUGUUCAUGUGUGCAAGGCCAAAGCAGCAAUUCAUCAGAUCCUGGCUGAGAGUACCCCAGUGUCUGAGCAGCUCUCAGUUCCCCAGAGAUCUGUGGGCAGAAUCAUAGGGAGAGGCGGCGAGACAAUUCGUUCUAUCUGUAAGGCCUCGGGAGCCAAAAUAACCUGUGACAAAGAAUCAGAGGGGACAUUGCUACUAUCAAGACUUAUAAAAAUCUCAGGAACACAGAAGGAGGUGGCAGUAGCUAAGCAUUUGAUAUUGGAGAAAGUUUCAGAAGAUGAAGAAUUUAGGAAGAGAAUUGCUCAUUCUGCAGAAACCAGAGUCCCACGGAAGCAGCCAAUCAGCAUAAGAAGAGAGGAAGUGACAGAGCCAGCUGGGGCUGGAGAGCCAGCUUUAUGGAAAAACACUGGCACUAGCUUGGAGCAGGCCGCACCUCUGGCAGUUCCUCCCCGCAAAGGAGGUGGCGCCAUGUCUGUUGUAGGACCAGGAGAGCGCUCCUGCAGGAAACCUAAUGAUGACAACUUUCAGAAGGUUGGAGCCCAGACCAGUCCAGAGACAUCCAUGUUUGAAAUCCCCAGUCCAGACUUCAGUUUCCAUGCUGAUGAAUUCCUAGAAGUCUAUGUCUCUGCCUCUGAACAUCCUAACCACUUCUGGAUCCAAAUCAUUGGCUCCCGCAGCCUGCAACUGGAUAAGCUUGUCAGUGAGAUGACCCAGCACUAUGAAAAUAGUCUGCCUGAAGACUUGACUGUGCAUGUAGGAGACAUUGUCGCAGCACCUUUACCUACAAAUGGUUCCUGGUAUCGAGCCCGGGUCCUUGGCACCUUGGAGAAUGGGAACCUGGACCUCUACUUCGUUGACUUUGGAGAUAAUGGAGAUUGCCCACUGAGGGACCUCAGGGUGCUCAGGAGUGACUUCCUAAGCCUUCCAUUUCAAGCAAUAGAGUGUAGUCUGGCACGGAUAGCCCCCUCAGGUGAACAAUGGGAAGAGGAAGCUUUGGAUGAGUUUGACAGACUCACUCACUGUGCUGACUGGAAGCCCCUGGUGGCCAAGAUCUCUAGCUACGUCCAGUCUGGGAUCUCAACUUGGCCCAAGAUCCACUUAUACGACACUAGCAAUGGGAAGAAACUUGAUAUUGGGUUAGAAUUAGUUCGUAAAGGAUACGCAGUUGAGCUUCCUGAAGACAUGGAAGAAAACAGAGCUGUCCCAGUAAUGUUGCACCAUGUGGACACAGAAACAGAUGUCUCUCUCCGCAGCACGGUCACUGAGACCAAGGAGAGCCCUGGAGAGAUGGCAAAUACCCUGUCCUGCCUCAGUUUAUUAGAAGCUGCCUCUCUGUCUGGUGAUGAUAACCUUGAAGAUGACUACUUACUCUGAAGUCACCUUCAGUUGCCU